AGCGCAACAACUUCCUCGCGUUUCUGAUUGGUCCUCUACCUAGACGCCUUUCAAUGACGACAUUCAGAUGCGCCUGGAUCUGCACCACGAGAUUGAGGUCACGGAGUCUCAACAGGAACUAGACACACAAGUGGCUUUUUUAAAUCUCUGAUGUCGUUUUAUUUGGAUAUAUAGAGGAUAUUCUUCAAUAAGGGAAUGACCUCUUGAGGAUCUCCCUCCCGUCUCGUCUCUUUCUUCUGUAGUUGAAGGUCCACUAAGUCCAUCCAAAUGUUUAGACUGGUGGAGCUGAUGAUGCGCCCGGCCUGCUGCCAGACCAUCAGAAGCAGAUUGUGUUUGCACAAGGCAGUGUUGCCCCCUGUGGGUCAUUCUGGCCGGUGUAUCUCUGGGGUUCCUGUGCUUCAUAGAAGGGCCUUCAGCCUGGACUCUCUCUCUUCGGGUCCUGUUCGACAUACCCUUGGUCAAAGCUCCCAGCAGCCUCUUGCAGAGACGACGUCUUCCUCAGCACUCGCACAGAGGAACCUGUCUCCUGUGACUCUACAGGGCAAGUGUCGUCCUCUGUCCCGGUAUGACUUCCUGGAUCUCGGUGACGUCGAGGAGAAUAGACUCCAUGCUCAGUCCCCUAAAGGGGACAGACACUACAUAGUGGACCCAGACCUGGCUCAGCUGGUAGCACAGCAUAUAGAACCUGAGGAUGCUAAAACUGUUAUCUUCGAAUGUAACCCAGGUCCUGGGGUGUUGACGAAGACUCUUAUAAACGCUGGAGCUCAGAGAGUUGUGGCUCUUGAAGGGAAUGCGUUGUUCCUACCAAAAUUACAGGAGUUGGAAGGCCGUCUUGAUGGUCAGCUGGAAGUGGUUCACUGUGACUACUUUAAACUAGACCCUGUGGGCACUGGAAGCGUUAAACCCCCUUCUAUGUUCACUGACAAACUGUUCAAUGAUCUGGGAAUAUCAGAGGCUAACUGGACUGAUGACGUCCCAAUGAAGGUGUUUGGUAUCAUGCGGAACCAUAAUCUCCGUGGCACGCUGUGGAAGAUGAUUUACGCUUUGUUUGAACAGCAGUCUGUCUUCAGAUAUGGAAGAAUAGAGCUCAACUUCUUCAUUUCGGAGAGUGAAUACCUGAAACUCAUUUCCCGUCCAGGUAAAAAUACACACUACAGACCCUUCGCUGUCCUCUGGCAGGUGGCCUGUGAUAUCGAACUCCUGCACAAGGAGCCCUGGGAAUCCUUUGUGUCCACUGCAAAAAAAAGAUCCCGUCGCUCUAAGCUUCCCAACGACCACCUGUGCUUGGUGCGCCUUCGUCCGCGGGCUGAUCUGUUCUCUAAUGGCCUCACUCCUUAUAAUGCUUUCACUCUGCUGAUGUUGGUCAAACAGUGUCUGGUAAAGAAGAAGGAUAAGCUCAUCAAUAUGCUCGAUCUCUGGUCUCCAGGCAGUGGGAGCAAGCUGUUAGAAGAGAUGUGCCUGUCGGAGGACAUUCUGACAGGCCAAGUGUAUCCAAAGGAGUAUCUCCGACUGUUUGAGCUGAUGGACAAAAGUCAGGAGUUCAAAGAGAGCUGGCUUUAUAAAGAAGUCUUGGAGAACUGUGGGAGGGAGGGUAAAUGGGACUCAAAUUAAUGUGUAUAGUUUUAUAGAACAAACGUAACCAAAUAUUAUAUGAUGACAGUGUAAUAUCAAUAAGAAUAAUAUCAUUUGUGAUUACAUUCAUACAUGCAUACAGAAACACAAAGGAUCAAAGUAAAAUGUUCAUGAAAUGGACACAGCAGAAAAACUUCACAUAAUACACUCAUGUAGCGAAAGACUUAGGUGAUGAAAAUGUGUGUGACUUACUGAUCUUUGUGUCAAUGGAGGAAUUACUUUAAAAUUAGCCUCUGUAUAGUCCUGCACUCAAAUUUCCUUAAGUUGAAUUAGUUUAAGACAUAAACUUGCAGCAAAAGUAGUUUUGGGGUGUUUAUUGAGAUCUGAUUGCCAGCAGGAGAGAAAAAUUGAAUUUGAAGAUAUGUAAAAAUGGUUGCAGAAUUAAGGUCUUAUGAUUACUUAAAUCAUAUUAUCCCUGUAUGAAGACAACAGCGACACGUCCACUAGGCCUCAUAAAAAAAGUCAUUGAUGCACCAUGUAAUGCAAAAUAUAUUAUAUUGCAAAAAUUGCGUGUUUUCAACUGACUGAAAUAACUGUAGUAUAGUGUGAGUGGAGUGUCACAGCGCCGCCCUGCAUGUAUUUAGUUUUGCAUAAAAGUACAAAGUUCAGCAGCGCAGGAAGGAGGAUGUUUUUUACUGUAUGACUUCAAGGCUUUGUAUAUUUUUGUAUAUCUGUUGUGUGAGCGUAAGCUUUAAAUGUAUGAAAUGUCAUUUAUUGUGGAUUGUUUAAGCUGCGUGUGAAAUAUGCUUUUCAAAGACCUCAUUAAAUCUGAAUUUUGAUAUGUAA